GCUGCGCUGGCCAUGUCUUCCAAUACGGCAGCUGGCUCGGAACAUUCUUCCCAACCACCAUGUCCGAAGUCGUCUGUGCACUCACCGCCGCCGCAAGACGAAGAAGCGGGCUCUGCUUUGGCUGCAUUGUCCCCUUCGCCAGCGACGGUUGCACAUCCCACCGGUGGACCCAUAAUCGCAGUAGACCUGGACGACGUUCUGUGUCAGACUAACGCAUAUAUAGCAGAUUGGCACAACAGGAACUACGGCUCGAAAAUGAGUCUUGAUGACUUCCAUUACUAUCAUUACUGGAAGAACCCAUACUGGGGCACGCCGGACGAAACAAACGAGAAGGUCAAGAAGUUCUACGAAGGUGGGGAGAUACUGAAAGCGGAACCCGUCCCCGGGGCGUUAGAAGGCGUUACGAAUCUGAGGGAAUUGGGGUACCGACUCAUCAUCGUAACGGCGCGCAUGAGGAAGCUCCUGGAGACCAGCUGGAAAUGGCUGGAGGAGCAUUUCCCCGGCGUUUUUGAGAGUGUCAUCUGUAUCGGCCAGUUCGAAGAGAUUUCAGAAGAUGAAGGGCACGAGAUUGUGACCAAGCUCACUAAAGCAGAGGUCUGCCGCAGUCUUCCUGCAACUCUCCUAAUCGACGAUUCCCUCGACAACGCCCUCUCCCCGCAACAGCCACAUACCCACAAGCCGAUCCCGGUCCUGCUCUUCGGCACGUAUCCUUGGAACGUGCGCCCUUCGAACGUCUCCUCGCCUCGCGACUAUCUGUCGUAUGACCAGCGAACGGAACAGGAAGGCAACCGGGAGUGGUGGCAUGACGAGGAUGCGAAUCUAGACGAGAUCAACCGGAAGUGGGAGCGGGAUGGUGGAGGCAAGAUCUGGAGAGUGAGGGAUUGGGGUGAGGUCGUAAAGUGGGUGCAGGAGAAUAGACCGUGA